AGCAGCUGAUGGUCCGUCAAAAAUAAAAGUAAAUUUGAGAUUGCCAAGCAGAUUUUUCGCUUUGACGCGAUAAUAUGGCCUGGCUUUCAGAUCUUGCUGGUAAGGCCGAAGAAGUAUUGAAUAACAUCGAUAAAACUACUGCUGCAGUAUUGAAAAAAGAGGAUGCCAAGAGAGAUUCAUUGGGUUCUAGCCUCGUCGAGGUUAGAUCACUGCCACCCAACUCUAAUUUCACUGUUGAAGAGUUUUUAAGGAAUGAAGAGAGAUACUCAGAUCCGAAAGUGUACACAAGGAAUUCGCCGUUCCCUACAAAAAUGACUGUAUCAGCACCACCAACGCCAGCACACACAGACAGAUCGAUGAAUUUACAAAAUGAAUCGCUCGCCUGGUUGGAUAAUGCUACCAUAAGCAAUAACCGAAAAGAGGAGUUAAUAGAUACGCCUAGCAAUAAUGGCUACAAAAGUAAUGAAUCUUACGAUGAUUAUCAAAUGCCUGAUGAAAAUGAAAACGGAGUUGGAGAUUUGACUCAAUAUUUUAAUGCAAAUGAUUACUCCAUGUUGGAUGAUUCUAUGAUUCCUGUUGCAGUAAGCGCAACAUCAGGCGAUAAAGAGCAGCAAGUCAAAGCAGAAUAUACCAAGGAAAUCGAAUCCCUUAGGGAUAAAAUAAAUACAAUAACAUCCGAAAGAACGCGUUUCAUAAGAGAAAUUUCGGAUCUUACUUCAACAUUAGAAAAAACUAGAUUUGAAUUGAAUGCCGUUGAAUCGGAACUUGAACAACAUCGCGCUAGAGCUUUAAGGACAUUGCAAGAAAGAGAUAAAUUGAUAAGUGAACUAAGAAGCAAUUCUACAUCUGAAUUAGAUGACACGAGUGUUCUCGUUGAACUCAAUCAGCUGAGGCAAGAACGCGAAGUGCUGAGAGAAGAAAAUCGUCAAAUUAGGGAAAAACUACGUUUAGCACGACAAGAAGCAAUAGACGCUGAAUUGAAUUCAGAAAAAGUUAGACAAAGAGCAAUGGAAGCUGGCAUACAAGCAAGAGAAUCUAUUGCUAACGAAAGAAGAAGGAGACUCGACGCUGAAGAAGAUGCGAAACUUCGUAGUGAGGAAGUAAACUCAUUGCGGGAAGAAUUAACGCUCCGGCACAAUUCAUUCCUAGCAAAAAUUCAAAAACAAGAAUCUGAAAUCUCGAGAUUGAGGUCACAACUUUCGGCAGCUACGACUCCGAAUUCAGAAGUCGAAUCGCGAUUAUCUAGCUUGACAAGAACUUUAGUCUUGAAACAACAAGAAUUAGAACAUUUAACUACAGACAGAAAUGCUUUAAGACUGCAACUUGAAAAAUUAGAGCACGAGUAUCAAAACUGGAGAAAAAGUAUGCCAUUUAGUAAUGUCAACGAUACCGAUGAUGCCAAAGCUUUACUGCCAAGUUUCUUGAUGGAAAGUCCUUUUGAUACUGGAGUUGCUAGAAAAGUCAAAAGAGCUUAUUCGUCUUUAGAUGCUGUGGGAAUAAGAAUUGGAGUGUUUUUAAGACGAUAUCCUUUAGCAAGAAUCUUUGUUAUAAUUUAUAUCGCUUUACUUCAGUUCUGGGUAUUGAUUGUAUUAUUCUCACAGUCUCCAGAAGCACGAUAAAUAUUAGCAAGAAUUUAGUUUAGAACAGCUUUAUAAGUGCAUUUUGUAUAUAAAAUUUGUACAUAUAUCAAAUUAUUAUUAUAUUGUAAUGUAGAAAUGAUUAAUUA